ACAGAAUAAGAGUGUUUCUUUUGUGUGUGUGCAUUCCAUCAACAUCAACGCAUUCCAUCAGCGCUCUUCCAUCGCACGCGACGCACUUAGCCCGCAAGUUGGUUAGGUGCGGAAGAGUGUAUUGGCGAUUCUGGUCAACCAACUUUGAAAAAUUUCUACGAUUGUUCUCUUCCGAAGAGAGUGAAAUGCCCACCAAAUUCAACAUCUGCGGCUCGGCCAGUGUAUGCGCCGACGGGUUUUCGGGCGCUGAUGGACCGUCGUGUGCUUCAUUUCAACCUUUGAAGGCCUAUCACGCAUGGAAAUUUGAGAAAAAAAUAAGUCAACUGUUCGGGGAGGAUUUAUCUCGACGGAGCGUCCUUCAGGACAUAAAUGACAACUAUGUCAAUUUGGACAACUUGACGACGAGUUUGUUCGAGAAGAAAGCACGCGAGUUUCUCGAGUCGCAAAUCGCGCCGGUACUGCUGACCGCGCUGAUGCAAAUGCAGGAGUUGAAACCAAAGAAUAGAGUCGAGUGGUUGGCAGACUGGCUGACACUGCACGAUCCGGCUAACAAGCUGCACCACGACGAGAACCACUCUCGGAAAGCUCUUCUCGACCACCAAGUGCAACAAUACUAAAGAGGCAAAUGCUUUUUUGCAUUUUCAUUCUUUUAAACUAGACAAGUAGUGACUAUGUUGUCAUUGUUAACUUUUGACAAUGACCAUUUCAUGGCAGACAAAAGAAAAACUGUAUAUUAAAGGGUUCAUUAAAUAAGAAUUUCUAAGUAAAGAUUGGUAAAGAUUGUGGGCAAAAUAGUGGCAUAGUCAGUACAAAAUAUUCUUUUUAUUUAGAUAUUACAGCAAAAUAAUACUAUUUCAAAAUAUUAAUAAUUUUAGUUUUCCUUUCUUUCCAUUUUUAUUUUGGAUGAGCUCUUAGAUGAGGCAAAGUUGCCCUGCAUCAAACCCAUUAAUAAUACUAUUUAAAAAAGAUUUUUUAAAAGAUAUAUAAAAUUUAAUUAUUUCAAUGUAAACAAAAAAUUCAUUCUAGUCUAAAUCUAACUUUAUUUUUAGAAAUUUUUACUUUCUUUCCCUCUUGUUGGUGCUUUUUUCCAGCUUUUGCUAAAGUCAGCACCUUUCAAAGAUUUUCUUCUUAAUUUAGAAAGGCGGCACAACAACGCAUCCCAUUAUAUUUCCAACCUUUUCUCGCAACAUCGAGAACAUGCCUGACCAUAUCAAAGCAAAAUAAAAAAAAAAUUGGCACAGAAAUUGCUGGCCUAUUAUUCACUUUAUUUGUGAAAAUUGCCUUGUGCAUAUAAUAGAGGAAAUCCUCUGCGCUCGGACUGCUCUUAUUAGGCGCAUAUGCAAGCACGGCCAACGCAGCAUCCAGCGCGUGUACAAAGGAGCUGUAGGAGAGAGAGUGUGGCUCCGAGUAAAAGUACAAAGGAAAUUAAUGGACAAGUAGAAAAGCCGAGAGUCCUUGCUAUUCAUCGGGCUACAGACCAACCACCAUCGCAGCUGAUGCCCGUUACAAUGCACUUUUCUAACGCUGAAUGAUAAUAAUCUGUGUCAAAAAUAAAAACAUGCCGGUCACGGCUGAGAAAAGUGAAAAUGCAUC